AUGAUAUCCGUAGCCACCCUCUUUACUGCUCUCUACCUCACGGCCUCCUCCUCCGCCACUGCCAUCCGCCGCCAAGCCCCCGUUACCCCUACCGUCAAGGGCACGCCCCAAGUGCUGGGCGUGGUCAGCGACCCUACGCUGGACCGCGACUCGUGCGGCUCGGUGUUGAUGGGUGGGAGGGUGCUUUGGGCCUGCCGCGACACAGAGCCCGUCGGAUCCGACGGUGUCCCCACCCUCCCCGUCAUUAGCAGCACAGCCAGCUGGACCGACCUCGACUCCAACGGCUUCCUAGUGCUCAACGGGGACACCUACCCCAUGUACGGUAGCAACAACAACAACCCGUUCUACCCCAUUCAGUCGGACGAAUGCGGCGAUAACUCGGCGGGCGCCUGCAGCGAUGGCACGCGCUACGCCAUCUGGCCUGAUUCCCCCCCUCUCGUCACCAACACCGCCGCAGAUGGCACCGUCACGGCGUACACCUGGGUCACCAAGGGGCACAUCAAGAGCGACCUGACGAACCUGUCCCCUGACCCCGACACGUCGCUCUACAAGGUCGUCUACUCCCCCUCCGCAGCGCACGAUGCACUCCCUACCGUCACCCUCGUAGACGAGGCCUUCUGGGCUGCCAACAAGCAAGUGCCGUACGGUGCUUACGGCAGCGUCAUGUCCUCUGACGGCAGCACGGCAUAUCUCUACGGGAAGUCGAGCAAGGGCACCACCGCGCUUGCCAAGGUGCCCGCCGGCAGCAUCGAGGACAAGUCCCAGUACCAGUUCUGGGAGAACGGCGCCUGGACGCCGACCCCGCCUGACCUCAGCGCGGGCGACAUCAACAUCGACAAUGUCUCCGCCGGCGGACAGGGCACGUACUACUGGUCCCCUCCCUGGAGCAGCUACGUCUGGAUCGGGCAGCCGGGUAUCAGCGUGUCGGCCGACUUCAUGAUCACGACGAGCCCCAACCCCGAGGGCCCCUGGACGGAGCCGACCAAGUUCUACUCGGCCCAGAACGGCAAUGCGACGCUGGGCGCGUAUAGUCUGCAGGCGAACCCCGGGCUUGGCGCGUUCGCGAACGGCGCGAACGAUAUUUACCUCACGUACACGAAGACCGACAUCAUCAACAAUGUGGGCAUUUACAGCACGCCGCUGAUCAAGGUGUCCUGGCAGUAG